CUCUGGCCGGUGAGUAUGAAGAUACUCUUUUCAUCAGUUGCACAUACUAGAAAUUCAGAAGUUUGGAACUGAAAUGCAGCCAAGGAUAGAAAACAAAAUCAAAUUUUCAGUUUGUUAGAGAAAAAAUUUAAUAGAUAGUUUCCUUCAAUGAUUUUCAUGUUCUUGGUUGCCUUUCAGUUCCAUACUUUUGAAUUUCUAGUAUGUGCAAUUGAUGAAAAGAAUAUCUUCAUACUCGUCAGCCAGAGCAACAUGGCUGGCCGAGGUAGUGUGACAAAUGGAACUUUGGAUGGUUGCGUCCCUCAUGAAUGCCAGAUUCUUAGACUUAACAGAAAGCCGAUGUGGGAGGAAGCACAAGAAUCUCUACAUAGAGGCAUCGACACAACUAAAACUUGAGGGAUGGGACCGGGAAUGUCAUUUGUAAAUUCAGUGCUGGAAAGAGAUCCUUGCCUCGGGGUGAUCGGUUUGCUCCCCUGUGCUUCGGGUGGAACCAAUAUAACCGAGUGGAAACAAGGCUCUGAUCUUUAUAAUCGGCUCUUGAAGAAAGCUAAUGCAGCACUACGAGAUGGAGGAAAAAUUCGAGCAAUUCCGUGGUAUCAAGGUGAAAGUGAUUCUGCAGAUGAAACAAGAGCUAAAAUGUAUAAGAAGAGGUUGAUAGAAUUUUUCUUUGACAUCCGGCGAAAUUUAGCUUCCCCUGUGCUCCCAAUUAUUCAGGUGGCAUUGGCUUCAAAUGUGGGGCUCUAUUACGUGGUUGUAAGAAAGGCCCAACUAGAGAUCAAACUACCAAAUGUAGUAUGUAUUGAUACCAAGGGACUAGAGGUGAAGAAAAACGAUACACUUCACCUUACCACUUCAGCUCAAGUCCACUCCGGAAAGAUGUUGGCUAAUGUCUUUCUUCAUAUUGAAGUUUAGUGUAUUGAUCUAGGCAUGUGUGAAAAAAAUAAAUAUUGAAUUGGGAAUAUAGUGCUUGUUUGAA